AAAAUCAUCCUUUAUUACUUUCUGUGUUCCACUGCCUCUGUUUCCUCUCCCACCUCUCUUCUCCCUCCAAAUCCCACCCUCAACACCAAACCAGAGCUUCUCUCUCUCUCUCUCUCUCUCGGUAAAGAGAGCUUGUCAAUCUGAACGAAAGCCUCUUUUUCUUUUUUCUCUAAAGCUUUCUUUCUCUCACUCUCUCGAAAAGUUUCUGUCUCUGCUGCCAUGGCGGUGGCAGAGCUAUCAGCUUCCUACACCAAGACCCACUUGAACUCAACCCAGCUCUCAUUCUUGUCGACCCGUCUCCCCAAUCACCGCCGCUGCGCUUUUCGACCGUUCCCUCGAACACGAAGCGCUGCCACCAUCUCUUGCUCUGUUGCACCAAAUCAAGUUCAAGCUCCGGCCGCAGUGGAAGCUGAGGACCCCAAGAACAAGUCCGAAUGCUACGGUGUGUUCUGCCUCACCUAUGAUCUCAAGGCCGAAGAAGAGACGAAAUCCUGGAAGAAAUUAAUUAAUAUUGCAGUCUCAGGUGCUGCUGGGAUGAUAUCUAACCAUCUACUUUUCAAACUUGCAUCUGGUCAGGUUUUUGGUCCUGAUCAACCUAUUGCUUUGAAACUUUUGGGAUCUGAAAGGUCAUUCCAAGCUCUUGAAGGUGUCGCUAUGGAAUUGGAGGAUUCCUUGUUUCCUUUGUUGAGGGAGGUUAGUAUAAGCAUUGAUCCAUAUGAAGUGUUUCAAGAUGUAGAAUGGGCUCUUUUAAUAGGAGCAAAGCCCCGAGGGCCUGGAAUGGAACGAGCUGGUUUACUGGAUUUAAAUGGGCAGAUUUUUGCUGAGCAGGGAAGGGCUCUCAAUGCUGUUGCAUCCCAUAAUGUCAAAGUGUUAGUUGUGGGCAACCCUUGUAACACUAAUGCAUUAAUUUGUUUGAAAAAUGCUCCAAACAUACCCGCAAAAAAUUUCCAUGCUUUGACUCGAUUAGAUGAGAAUAGAGCAAAAUGUCAGCUGGCCCUCAAAGCAGGUGUAUUCUAUGAUCAAGUGUCAAAUAUGACCAUCUGGGGAAACCACUCAACCACUCAGGUUCCGGACUUUUUAAAUGCUAGAAUUAAUGGCUUGCCUGUCAAAGAGAUUAUCAAGGAUACCAAGUGGUUAGAGGAGGAGUUCACCGAAAAGGUCCAGAAGAGAGGUGGUGUGCUGAUUGAAAAAUGGGGAAGAUCUUCAGCUGCAUCUACUGCUGUGUCAAUUGCUGAUGCAAUACGGUCUUUAGUUACUCCAACCCCUGAGGGUGAUUGGUUUUCAUCUGGAGUUUAUACCACUGGAAAUCCUUACGGAAUAGCAGAGGAUAUUGUUUUCAGUAUGCCAUGCAGAUCAAAAGGAGAUGGUGAUUAUGAACUUGUCAAGGAUGUAAUAUUUGAUGACUACCUUCUCAAGAGAAUAACCAAGACUGAAGCUGAACUGCUAGCUGAGAAGAGAUGCGUUGCCCACCUUAUAGGGGAGGGAGUCGCUUUCUGUGAUCUACCCGAGGAUACGAUGCUUCCCGGAGAGAUGUAACACUUCGAUACUGUUUUUUAUUCUGAAGAAUGCAUAUGAAAGCUACCACAAUACUGUCCGGAGAGAUUCUAGAUAUCAAAAUUAAAAUUAUAAUAUUAUUUAUGUAAAAUAUGUUUGCAAAAUAAUUUUGGCAGGCAGUAAAAAUGAUUUAGUGUUGAGCCACUUGUUGAAUUUUGAAGUUAUGCCUUCGGCUUAGAGCUAUUAAGUUGAUGCCUACUAGUUGCUCUAAGUAAUUGUAUUGUGUACUUUGAUAAGUUAAUUUUAUAUUCUUUGAGUGCUGUGUAUUA